UUACUUCUUCUCUCCAAAUUAUUCGCCGUUCCAGAUUUAGAAAUGUCUAUACGGUCGUCAACAAUUUUAGAUCUUCUUAAAGUUAAUAUAGGAGGACAGUCAUUAGAAUCUCAAUUACCUUGUAAUACAACUCAGGGCAGUAGUGGAAUAAAUAAUUCUAGUAAUGGUAUUUCACUACCAGAACAACUAGCAAAUAUUGGGGGAUUUGUAAAUAAUAACAAUAAUGCUUCGCCGUUUAACUCCCUGCCCCUAUAUGCUGCAGCCUAUUUACAAAUGCAGCAAUCAUUGUUAUUUGCCAACCAAUCUUCUAAUACUACUACAUUCCUUCAAAAUCCACAACCAGCUUCAAUAACACAACUUGAACAACCUAGGAAACCAAAUUUUGCGACUAUGUUUCGAGAUAAACACCGGUCAGAUUCAGAUAACGAUAUUAUUAUUGGAGAGGAUUUACAACAACAUAAUAAUCAACAAUUAUUAGAUUCACAAAAUCCUUUAAUGGCUCGACGUGAGAGCAAUGCAUCUUCAGGCUCCUCUUCUAUUCAUUCUUCUAUUGGCAACGAAAAUAAUUCAACAAUUGCUAUGGGUGAAAGUGGAGGUGGAGGAGAGUUGUUACUCCCACCAAAUGAUAAAGAAGGUUGGUGUCGAAAUAAAAAAUACAUUCAAAUUGUAAAGAUGGGUUAUCGCUGUCUUUUAUGCAACAAAGUUUAUGGUCGUUACAAUUCUGUUAGUUACCAUGUUACAAUUUAUCAUCGAAACCCUCCUAUACGAUGUGAGGAACAAGGAUGUCAAUUUACUACCCGUGAAGCUCGUUAUAUACACUUUCACAAAUAUUAUCGCCAUCAAAUUGCACUACCGGAAUCUAUCGAUCUGGCUUCACGUAAAUGUCCUCUACUUGGUUGUAAACAUGUUUCAAAAAGUCCAGCAAUGUUAGAAAAACAUAUGCAACGACAUGUUGCAGAUUGUCUUAAAGAAGGGGGAUCAUCUUCUAUUUAUAUUUGUAGAAUGCCCGUAAUUAAUGGAAGUAUUACAACAAAGGAAGAUGAAAAUAUGGAUAGCAUGGAAAAUAAUGAUCCAGAAAUUAAUAAAACUUUAAAUAUGGUUAAGUCAAUGAAGGAAAGAAGAAAUACUUAUUCUGGUGGAUGUUCUGGUUCUUCUGUUGGAGGGCAAUGCUUGUUUAAAGCAAAUUCGAGAGAGCUUAUGUACGCUCAUCUGUUAACCUGCCACUCUGCUUCAAGCGCCAGUACCACAACACUUUCUGCCGACGCAGAAAAGCGAGGUGUCGAAGAAGAUGAGGAUGAUGAAGCACGUUCUUUAGCUGGAGGAAAAAUGUCCGCAUCAGCCCCAAGUACACCUCCAACCUCUUCUUCACAACUUUUAUCUCCUCUUCUUUCUCGUUUUCCAUGCAAUGAAUGCAACUUUAGAGGUCGUACACUAACUUCAUUAACAAAUCAUAAAUUACAAAAACAUUCAAACAACAAUAAACAACAAAUUAAUGGAACAACAACAACAAAACCACCCCAUUUACCACCAACUAAAUGUUCUUCUUUUGUGUUACCAUUUAAUCCUUCGCUUUUUAAUUGUGGAACUGGAGGAGGAAUUUUUGGGGGAAGUGGUGGUGGAGGGUUUUCAGUUCCUGGUUCUCCUCUCUCUCCACAGACUGGAAGCCUUGGACUUAGCAAUAGCAGCAUUUAUCCAACAGGAUUGCCACCAUCAUUCUUUAACGCCCCACCAACAACUUCAACAACAAAUUUAAAAAGUUUAGGAAGUUUAAUAAACGAUCAACAACAACAAACAAACAAUGCCCAUCAAUUAUUGGCACAAUUAUUAGCAGCACAAAAACUUGCUUCAGCAAUACUAUCAGCUGCAGCAACAACUAAUUCUUCUUCCCCUCCUUCUUCAACUUCCCCAACAACUUCAAGCUCUUCUUCUCCCCCAAUUUCGACUGUUACUCAACAACAACAACAACAACAACAACAGUGA